UUACUGACACUGAGAGGAGAAAUGGCACAGAAAGGAGUUCAGCUGGACCGAGAAACCUUCUCUUGUUCCAUUAGUUUGGAUCUAUUGAAGGAUCCAGUGACUAUUCCCUGUGGACACAGCUACUGCAAGAACUGUAUUAAAAGUUUCUGGGAUGAAGAGGACAUGAAGGGAAUCCACAGCUGCCCUCAGUGCAGGAAGACUUUCACACCGAAACCUGUCCUGGAGAAAAACAUCAUUUUAGCAGCUUUAGCGGAGCAGCUGAAGAAGACUGGACUCCAGACUGCUCCAGCUGAUCACUGCUAUGCUGGACCUGAAGAUGUGGCCUGUGAUGUCUGCACUGGGAGGAAACUGAAAGCUAUCAAGUCUUGUUUAGUCUGUGUGAUCUCUUAUUGUGAGAAACAUAUUCAGCUUCAUCUGGAGUCUCCUGCCUUUGAAAAACACAAGCUGGUGGCCCCCUCCAAGAAGCUCCAGGAGAUCAUCUGCUCUCGUCAUGAUGAGGUGAUGAAGAUUUUCUGUCGUACUGAUCAGCAGAGUAUCUGUUAUCUCUGCACAAUGGAUGAACAUAAAGGCCAUGAAACAGUCCCAGCUGCAGCAGAAAGGACUGAGAAGCAGAAGGAGCUCGAGGUGAGACGACUAAACAUCCAGCAGAGAAUCCAGGAGCGAGAGAAAGAUGUGAAGCUGCUUCAACAGGAGGUGGAGGCCAUCAAUGGCUCUGCUGAUAAAGCAGUGGAGGACAGUGAGAAGAUGUUCACUGAGCUGAUCCAUGUCAUCAUGAGAAGAAGAUCUGAUGUGAAGCAGCAGGUCAGAUCCCAGCAGGAAACUGAAGUGAGUCGAGUCAAAGAGCUUCAGGAGAAGCUGGAGCAGGAGAUCGCUGAGCUGAAGAGGAAAGACGGCGAGCUGGAGCAGCUCUCACACACAGAGGAUCACAACCAGUUUCUACACAACUACCCCUCACUGUCAGCACUCAGUGAGUCUACACACUCAUCCAGCAUCAAUAUUCGUCCUCUGAGCUACUUUGAGGAUGUGACAGCAGCUGUGUCAGAGACCAGAGAUAAACUACAGGACAUUCUGAGAGAGGAAUGGACAAACAUCUCACUGACAGUCACUGAAGUGGAUGUUUUACUGUCACCACCAGAGCCAAAGACCAGAGCUGGAUUCUUAAAAUAUUCACAUGAAAUCACACUGGAUCCAAACACAGCAAACACACAUCUGUUAUUAUCUGAGGGGAACAAAAAAGCAACAUUUAUGGAACAACAACAGUCUUAUUCUGAUCAUCCAGACAGAUUCACUGAAUGUUCUCAGGUCCUGAGUAGACAGAGCCUGACUGGACGUUGUUACUGGGAGGUGGAGUGGAGAGGGGGAGGAGUAUUUGUAGCAGUCGCAUACAAGAAUAUAUGCAGAGAAGAGAGCUUAGAUGAAUGUGUAUUUGGAUGGAAUGACAAAUCUUGGGCAUUAUGUUAUUACACAAAUAGUUUUCAAUUUUGGCACAACAAUGUCCACACUGACCUCUCAGGUCCUCUGUCCUCCAGAGUAGGAGUGUACCUGGAUCACAGAGCAGGUAUUCUGUCUUUCUACAGCGUCUCUGAAACCAUGACUCUCCUCCACAGAGUCCAGACCACAUUCACUCAGCCGCUCCAUGCUGGACUUUAUCUUUCUGAAGUUGGAGACAGUGCAGAGUUGAUUAAAGUCAGAUAGACAGAGAAGAUAGGUCCAUGUUGAUCCCUGAUCGUUAUAUGUACUUGUGUAGUUUCUAAAUGAGGCUUUACAUUUUAGAAGCUGAGAAGUUCAGUGUUCCAUUGAUUCAAACUGUACUUACAUUUAUAGACCGUACAUCAUUAUAAAUCUGCAUUUGUUCUUAUGGCUGAUAAUCAUGCGAGUUUAAAUUAUACUACUCUUCAUAUUCAGCAUGUUUAAAAUCUUUCGUCAGUCUGGUUAGAUGUUUUAUUCUGUAUUUGCUGUAGUGGGUCGUCAAAUGCGAAAAUAUAUAUAAAUAUAUUGGAGCUGCAGUGAUUCAUCAGUUAGUCAAUGAUUAGAGAUGUCAAGGUCCUGGAUUGGUGACCGAGUGUUUUGUGUAUUAUUAUUAUUGUUAUUCUAGGAUUUCUUUGUUGUUUAUGACCUCUAGUCCUCUGAUUUCUGUUUUUGUAUUCUAAUUGUUAAGCUUUGUUCCGGUGCCCUUUUAUUUUUGAAGUUUAGUCCUGUCCCCAGUCUUUUUCCUGUUUUACUCUGAAGUCCACUGUACUAUGUUUUGCUUCCUCCCAAUUUCAUCUUCGUAAUCAGCGUCAGCUGUGUCUCCCAGGUGUUUGCUCUUUGCCCUUUUUCCCUUCCGUAUUUAGUGUCUGCAUGUGUUCCUGUUUGUUGUCACGUCGUCCCUUAUACUUGUUCGUGUGUUCUGUUCAUGUUCAGUUUUUGU